CUGCGCAAAUCUGACAGGGGCACGCGGAUCGGGCAGCCGCAUCUCCUCAGUGUCAGACAGGAACACGGAAGUGUUUCAGUGUCACACCGGCGCUCUGAAUGCCGGUGUCUGAGUGUGGGGUUUUAUUUAUUGAGCGCUGUGGUGAUAAAUAAUUUACACUUAAUAUAACCAGCAAGCGUAAAUAUAAACAAGGCGAGUGGAGAGAAAUGUAGUGUUAUCCGGUGACAUUACACUUACAUAGCCUCCAUGUUUUUAACCUUACUGCACUUCUUGUUAUGGUAGCUAUGCUAGCUGUUUAGCUACGAGAAUUACACAGCAGUCCAGCUGGUUAGUUAGAAUUCUUUUACGGCAAACUAGAUUAAUUUAUUCUUAUUCUUCUCCUUAUGUGUAGACAAAUCCGUAUUUCCAUACAUCCAUAUGUCCGCAUCAGCUGUAUGUCUAUUUAUGUCACAGGCUUACUCCAAUCUGGUUAAUGAAAUAUCCAGUACAUCUUGUUGGUUUAUCUGACACUUGUAAGUUGUUUUUCUUCACAAUGAAGAUCUGCUCCGUUUAGCUCAGCUCUCAGUGUUCAAGGAGGAAAAAAGUGAUUAUUGUUACACCAUGUCUGGCUUACAAAACUCUUGUGAAACGCCUAAGACCAACAAUGAUUGCAGAACUAAUGGAGGUAUAGCACAGGAGAACUCAGACAGUGCUGAACAUCCAUCUUUAGCAGCUUCACGACUGUUGUCACUUAGGAAAAGGAAAAUAGUCCUUCACAUUGAUCUGAACAACACUAUCCUGGUAUCUGAUGCUGUUACAAAACAAGGGACGGUUGCUGCUCUUGAGUAUUUUUUGUCCACUGUGACCUGGGGACGGAUGGCAAAAGGAAAAUGGGAGUGGAUGUGCGAGUCUCCGUCUCUGCUCCCACCACGCGAGGGUGCCGUGAGUUACUACUCUCAGUUUGGUAGAGUAGUAGGUUUCACCACAGCUGGGCCAGGUAGGCGUUUCCGGAAGGUUCUUGAGGAGCAUCUCGAACUUCUGCGCUGGCCUUCUGACCUGCCUGCACACAAGGAGCUCUCAGUAAAAGGAGAAGAUGGCAAGCUGUACCACUGGAUCCUGCCCUCUUUCUUCCAGCUGUUGCAGGAUCUGGUCUCACAAGGGAUUGAGUUUUCCAUCUUCUUCCGCACGUUUGGCACAGACCUUCCUCGUCUAUUGAUGGUCGUUCAACGAGCCCUUGAGCAAGGCACCCAUCCACUCUUCCCUGUACUUCCAGAACUGAAGCUAAGUGUGAACACGACACCGGGUCAGAUCAGAUGCAACACUAAGGGUGUGAUUCUGAUUCAUGGAGAGAAGCGCAUAUCCACACAGGACGGGGAACGGAGUCUGUACCAGUACCUAAGCUCCUCAGAGGGUCUGUGCGGCUUCCAGGACCACUUCAACUGGUGGGCACGAAACACAUACACCAUUAUGGGAGGAAAGCCACUGUGGAUUGACCCAUUUGACUCCACAGUCCAGCACAUCUUUAUUGAUGACAACAUCCGCCAAAACAAUGAUGACACUAUUGUGCAUCCUAAGGUAUUUCUGGAUCCUGAGGGCUUGGAGACCCGCACAGCCUCCACUUCAGAGCUGUAUGACCUGUGUCUGAUUCAAACGGACCUCCUCAGAGCCAUUUCUGAGCCCAGCUACUUCACCCAGCGCAUUCAGAUCUGCAUGGAGAACUAUGAGAGGAACCUUAGGCAGCAACUCAGCUAGAUUUCACAUGCCUACUUCCAGGAGAAUCAAUAUGGAGUUCACUUGAAUAUUCUGCACUAAAUGAAACCAAUUCAUUGAUGAUUCCAGAAGAAUAAUCAUGAUUCAUGCAUUUGGGGCAUGUUUUCAUUAAUGAAAAGCUCUGUAGGAUGCUAGAUAUUGGCUAAAGGUGUGCUCACAUCUGCAAACAACCACUCAAGAGUAUUAGCACCAUCUGUGUGUCACCUUAAAGGUGCAGUGUGUAGUUUCUGAAAGUGUUUGUACACCUGUAAUAAUCAUGUGAUUUCAGACAUAUCUUAGAAAAAACUGUGAUUUGCAAUGUUGCUAUGGAAAGGAUCGGGGUAGUUUCUUGGUUUUAGGCUUCUGUUCACAUUUUUAUGGCCCAAAAAUAGAAAGUGUCCCCAGGUGGAAUGUACCAUUUUUCAUUAAUGGCAGCUCACAACACAAACAUAAUUUCAGAGUGUAAUUUGCAGAGUGCAUGAGGUCAGUUUGGACAAAAGUGUAGGCACAGACUAGCAAGUAAACACUGACACGCAACAAUUAAAUAUAUAUGUAAGUGCACAACACAGAGACGUAAUUCUGACAACAGUGGCAUAGUGGCAAAUCGAUGUGCGCCGUUUGAGUUGAGAUUUUCCUGAUUGUGUGCGGUUAUGAUGUGAGAAAGUGACAACUCCAAACAGUUGUCUCCAGUAAAUUCCUAUGGCACAGUUGUCCAGUGUCCCUGGAAACCCUCUAACUCUCACUUUAGUUCCGAGCUGCAUUUAGUUUGGAUUCGAUUGCAUUUAGCAUGCAAAGAUUGUUAGUAAACAGCAGUCUUAAUAUUUUCUUGGUUUUACUUAAACAGUAACACAGUGACAGUGUAUAGAUUAUGCAGUAGACUAUACAUUUUGGCUACUACCAUCUCAUAUGUUGCCUCUUGGCCAGGUCGUCAUUGUAAAUGAGAACUGGUUCUCAAUUGACUUACCUGGUUAAAUAAAGGUUAUUAUUAUAUCAGAAUUUAAAAAAGCUAUACAGAAUACUGCUGCGAGAGACAACAGUAUAGAAAAUAUAGAACUGAUAUUAGCUACUUGUUGCUUCAAGUACCAAAAUAAAUAAUGCACAAUAUUUUUUAUCAAAAAGAUCAUGUGACAACUCUACUAGUACUGAGAUUAUUCCGAAGUUGUUCAGUUCUAUGCAAUUAAUGCAGCAUUUCUCUCUAAUGUAGAGCUGAGUUGUUUGUGGAGAAGCUUUUCCUGAUAUCUAAUUACUCAGGGAUUGUGAUGUUACUGAGUAUUUUUGUAAGAUUAUUACAUUAUAUUUCUAGUUGGUCAUUAUCAUCAUACUUGAAUUUUUGGAUUGUUUUACUUUGAAAAGGACAGGGCAUUGGAGUUUUAAAUGUGGCUAUAAAAUGGUAUAUCUUGGUAUUUUGGGCAACGUAUUGCUCAGGAGUGAACACACUUUUGAAAUCCAUGUAUUUUUAUUAUUUUUAUUAUUAUUAUUAUUAUUUUACAUAUGCAUACUCAGUCAUGUUAGAAUGAUUUUCCCCCGUUUGAAAAGUUAGGGGGUAAAAUAAUGUCAGUGGAGAGCACAUUACUUAUGCUACUGAAAUUUGACGCUGCAUCAUAAUUACAUAUUUAUGUAUGUAGUUAUUUAUUUAUUUUGAUAUUAUAUAUAAAUGCUAUUUCGUAUCUUUAAUUUUUUUUUAAGGUUUCAGAGGUUCUGGGGUUGUAAGAGGAAAUUACAGGCUUAUAUUUCUAAGACCUUUGUUCACUUAUUGAAUAGAUUCAUUUAAAAUAAUUUUAAACAUCAGAAGGAUCUCUAUUAUGUGUAAUAUAAACAGUAAAUUAUGGUCAUCACAUUACCACAGCGAUCAUUUUAUUUGUACAUAGUGGUAAUCAAGAGGUAGUUCUUCCAAAAUAUCCCAUGUAAAAAAAUUAAGAUAUCACAUUCUGUACAAUUAUUAGGAAGAAUAUUAAUACGGAUGUGUAACCUAUAUCAUGCCAAAGGAAGUUAUGAGAUAUAGCGUGUAGCUAACCUGAACAAUUUCUGUCUUUUUGCUGUCUGUUAUUAUCAUAGCGUGAGAUAUAGGAGAUAUAAGGAUUCCUUACUCUGGGACGCACUUUCGCAGAUCUACACCGAAUAGUGUGUCCUACUGUUUUCUCUUAUUCACUCACAUUCAGUAACUGCCUUAUCAUGCUGUAUGGUCAGAUGGAUGCUCGCUGGUCUGGAUCCGAAGCCUAUCCCGGGAAUACUGAGCAUGAGGCCGGAACCCUGGAUGGGAUGUCAGUCCACCGCUGUACUGUUCUGACAGAGCUGAAUUCAAGUGAAUUCAGGAAUAUUGAAAAAUGUAUGUUAUUUCUCUUGCAAUGGAAGUGCUUAAUAGUGCUUGAUAAAUAAAUAACAUGACAGUUCAAGUGAAAUCAUGACAUGGGGUGUCAUCUGCAGAGGGUGUAGUCAGCAUUUUUAUUUAUAAGGUUAUAAAAUUGCCAUGGCUAAUAUAUUCCACAUAUUUAUGAUCCAUAUAUGCAUAUGAUAUAAUGUAAUCAUUUUCAGGAUGUCUCAAAUGUUCUUUUUUUUUUAAAAAAAAAAAUGUAGUUAUGCUGCUACUGAAAGGAGUGAAUUAUAAGAUGUUACUUUUAGUGGUGGUUUCCUGCUGUGAUUUGUUGCUUAAUCUGUUCAUAGUGACUUUUAGAAAAGAUGAGCUAUGAAUUUGGAAAUUACUGAAGAUUUUCUGUUGCUGUAAGAAAGGAAUUAGAGAAUGGUAAUGAUUUUUUUAAUUAAGUCUGCAGUGUUCAUACAAUAUUAGAAUAUGUCAAUGAUGAUUUUGGAGAUUAUUUCAAAUCCUGGUAUUGAAAUUUGAUUUACUGAUGUCAUGAAUAAAGAUGGCUACAAAGAAAUGUUUUUCUAA